UCUUUCAUCCUCAUCCUCUGUUCUGUCUUCUCUGUCUCGUCAUAAACAAAUCCUCAUUUUAUUAUUAUAGUUUGCAGUUCUUCGUCUCUGUUCUUUGCUUGUGGAUUUGAAUUUUGUGAAUAUCUUAUAAGGAUUAUUCUCAUCUCUACAUCUGUGUUCUCACAUUUACGGUUAGAGUGAAAGAACGGAUUCGUCCCGUCCGGAAGAUGGGAAGUGACUGGUUUUGGAAUGUGAAUAGUCGCCGGCAUUAAUGAAUCGUUCGAUUUCAGUUUUUAAAAAAAAGUUUAUUUUUGUGUUCGUAUCGAUGAGCGGAAGUGCUAGGAAUGAGCAAAGAAAACGUUCCUUCCGGAUCCUAUGGCAGACGAUCUACAAUCCAGAGGCAGACGACGAAUGAACAGAAUGUGGUUUCCUGUUGACAGAACGUUCCCCAAAGAAUGCCCGGAGUGUGUUAAUGAAGGGGUGCGAAGUGGAAGAACAAUGUUCUUCGCACGAGGGGCAGAUCACCCCAACCCUUUCAUGCCACUUCCAUAUCCACUAAUAUCGCCGUUACUCCGCAAACUUAAGAAUAUUACACACUGGAAUAAUAAUUUCCAGCGGAAAAAUGGAACAAUUUAUAGGUAGGCCUCGUUCUUUGUAGCUUCUUAGUAGAAAUAAGAACAGGACGAAAAUUAAAGGCCCACUUUUUUUCGGAUUUAACUAACUUUUAAGAAAUUUUUUCCUACAUUUUGAAUGUGAUACUGCAAUUGAUAAAUAGUGUAAUGAUAGAUUUUUUUCCUUAAGCCUAAUGAAGACUUAUUGAUGGGGUCCAAAAACUGCACACGAAUUUUUUUUAGAAAUAGAAUUGAUGAUCAAAUGAACUGAAUGCCUGUAGAAAUGUCAUGAAAAAGCCAUGAAAAAAAUUCCACUACCUGCUCUUCGUGGACCACGAGAAGCGAGAGGCAUCGUCAAGUACACGCCCUGUUCUCCCCAGGACAUGCAACUAGACGACGAUUUGGAAGAUAUCGCGAUCGUAAGCAACGCGGCACCAGAGAGUGUCAAGUAUGGAAGUGGAUCGCUGACGGCCAACGGCCCGCGGGUCGUACCGGGCAUCAUCACGACGACCGGUAAUGUAGACCGAUUGCAGAAUGCGGGCCGCAGCGUCAGCAACACACGCAUCCAGACAGCCUCGCCUGCCUUGUAUGGGACCAAGUCCACUGAGAACCUCAAGUCCGGCUCCAGACAAUCAUUGCUGGAGUCUGUCAGCAACCGUUUCCUUGGAACAACAGGAUUGAAGAGAAGAUCCAGGGACUCCACGAUGGCUUUUGUGAACAGGGCCCACGUCAGUAGUGACCUUGAUAUGUCACGAAAGACCAGGGACCAGAGACGGAAGAGUGACAAGCGUGAAUCCUCUACGUCAGCUGGCAGUGCUGACAGACCAAAAUGCAAUUGGUCUUUUGUGUUCGAUCCUGCCGGUAGGCUGUCCUACUACUGGUCGGUGGUAGUCAGCAUAGCUUUCUUAUAUAACUUCUGGGUAAUGAUAUACCGUUUCGCCUUCCAAGAGAUAAACAGGUCCACCAUCGGCAUAUGGUUUACAUUCGAUUACCUGGCGGAUCUGCUGUAUGCUCUGGACGUUGGUUUCCAUUUCCGAACGGGAUACCUUGAGGAAGGUGUGCUACAGACAGACACAGUUAAACUGCGCACCAACUACAUGAACUCCAGCAUGUUUUACAUCGACUGCUUAUGUCUUCUGCCGUUGGACGUCCUUUAUCUAUCCAUUGGUUUCAAUUCUGUCCUACGUUGUUUUAGGCUAGUGAAGAUCUAUCGUUUCUGGGCCUUCCUCGACAGGACAGAGCGCCACACAAACUUCCCAAAUGUGUUCCGGGCCGUGAACCUGACCCACUACGUUCUCGUCAUCUUUCACUGGAAUGCUUGCCUAUAUCACAUCAUCGCGAACAAUGGUGGUUUCGGUUCAAGUGAUUGGUUCUUUCCUAGUGAUACUCACUGUAAAGACGAUAUGUGUAAAUACCUGCAUGCCUUUUACUGGAGUGUACUCGCCCUCAGCACAAUAGGUGAUUUACCCAGACCCAGGACUAAGGGCGAGUACUUUUUUCUCAUCAUACAACUCAUAUCGGGUCUAUUCUUACUCGCAGCGGUACUCGGGCACAUAUCGAACAUUGUCACCAACAUCAGCUCUAGUAGAAAAGAAUUUCAAGCCCGCCUUGAUGCUACUAAAACGUAUAUGCGCAUGCGUCGUGUGCCUGACCACAUAGAAAACAAAGUGAUCCGGUGGUUCGACUACCUGUGGGUGACCAAGAAGUGCUCGGACGAAGAGCGGUCCAUCGGCUGCCUGCCGGACAGACUAAAAGCAGAGAUUGCCAUUAACGUCCAUCUGGACACCUUGAAGCGGGUCGAGAUCUUCCAGAACACAGAGUCCGGCUUCCUCUGCGAACUCGUUCUUAGGUUGAGACACGUCCUCUUCAGUCCGGGAGACUACAUCUGCAGGAAGGGUGAGGUGGGUAAGGAGAUGUACAUAGUAAACUGCGGACGUCUCCAGGUGGUCGCGGAUGACGGACGGACGGUUCUGGCGACUCUCAGGGCUGGAAGUUACUUUGGGGAGAUAAGCAUCCUCAAUAUGGGAACGGCAGGUAACCGACGGACCGCCUCCGUCCGCUCCCUUGGCUAUUCGGACCUCUUCUGCCUCUACAAGAAAGACAUGUGGGACGUCCUCAAGGACUACCCGGCUGCAAGGGUCAGGCUCGAAUCCAUAGCCGUCAAAAGACUACACAAGUACGAGAAAGAACCACUCAGGAAGGUUGCUAUGGGCCGUUGUCGAAGCACACCGGGUCUAGUAGAGUCCAAAGGCAAGAUCAGACUUGAGGAUAUGGUGGUUGGACACAGGUCAGCGAUGGCGGAUCCCAACUCCUCAGCAGCUACUCUCUUCGACGACAUCGGAGUGAAUCCAUCCUCGCUGCACGAUCUCGAGCACAGGAGUACAUCGAGCAGCACGACACAUUACGGGGAUUACAACAAUGGCAUACCACUCGAGACUUUGCCAUUCUCACUCUCUCAUCAGGUAUCUCAAGAAAACCAUCACCAACGAGUGCCAAGAAGACUAUCGACGGGUCCCACCAUGGGAUUAACAACCACCGCCAACAUCCAGAGACCCAUGGCGCCAAAAGCCAGUGACCUGAAGCCAACGUCUUCGUAUGUAUCUCUCACUGGAUCUGUCACUCGACCUGUUUCGCCUUACCAGAACCCAGCUGAUAGUCCGUUCCUACUAGACCAAGCUGUUGGUCAGUUCCCUUUUGGGAACAGGACACUAACAGACCAUUCUCAAGAAGAUUUGUUGGCUGAAAUUAGGAGACUACGAGAGAGAGUGGUGACUCUAGAAUCAGAUAAUGCCACGAUGAGCUUAAAGCUCAGUCAGAACAAAUGGGAAAUGCAGAACAGGUUGGCGGAUUUGGAACUCCACAUCUGCAAUCCACAGGUGAUGGGGAUUCCACCACCUCCGAGUUCUGUAGGCCUCAGUUCCAAUGGUAGUGAUAUCAUGGAUGAAAGUGAAAGGAACAGAGAAUCAAUCAUUUAAAAUGCCUUGUUGCCAACUACAUGUUUGGAAUGAAGAAUCCAAAAUGUUCAUGAAAAAAAAACUAAAUUGCGAUUCUUACCAAUCGUAUCAUUUGAUAAAAAAACCAUAUUAUUUAACAUGCUUUUUUUUCAUUUUUUAUUCUUCACAAAAAUAUAACUUAAUAUUCUUUAUAGAAUUUUGGGUGUCGUGUUCAAAAAUUGUGUAUGGUACUUGUGAGGAAACGUAAUUUGCAACUACUGGUUGAAUUAACUAUUGAUCGAUAACACCAGGACUAAAUUAUAUAAAUCAUUGGUUUUUAAUGAAUUUACUAAUCCACUAUUUUAUUUCCUCCUUUGCUACUACGCAAAUCAUACGUAAUUUUAGAAAACCAAAAAAAAAAUGAAAGAAGUUGAAAUAUUGCUGUUUUUUUGCAACAAAUUUAAAAACAUUAAUUUUUUUGUCGGAUAUUUUUUUUCAGGUAAAAUCACGUUUAUAUCAUGUCAGGGGUUAAGAGUAUAUUUUCCUAAAAACAUUGUAAAUAAAUUAUUAUUUUUACGUAAAAGACUUAUAUUUAUUCAAUGUCUUAAAUUAUUAAGAGGCAUUAAGAAGUUAUGCUCUAUGAGAUCACACACGAAUUUUGAUCAAAAGUUUUAAAAAUCGUUAGAAAAUUUGAGUUUAAUAUAAAGUUUUAAGACUUGAAUGCUGAAAACAAAAAUAAUACCCCAUCAGUUAACAAAAAAUUAGCAAUCAUAUUCCCCAUAUAGCUCACUAUACCAUACUCACUCUGGUAUUUGUGUCAUAUGUUCCUUAUAUAUGUACCAACAUGCAUCGUUAAAAUUUUUAACGUAAAAAUUUUAAAGAAAUUACAAAUUAUUAACGAAGCAUUCUCUCAAAUAGUUAUUCAUUUGUGCAAACUGUAAGUGCUAAAAACAAAAUUUAAAAAAAUUUUGAACUUUUUUUUUAUGUUUAACACCUAAAAUUCUACAAAGAAAGUUAUUUGAUCACGUAAAAUUUUGAAAAAUUUUUGAAGGUCUCAUAGUUAUGCAUACAUAAUUACUAUGCAAGAGAUAUGCAUAAAUAAGAAAUACGCAAAGAUAUGCAAAAUAUAAGCAAAUAUAAAGAACAUUAUGCAAGGAAAAACGUAUAUAAAUCUACGAAAAACUUCAAAAAAAUAUUUAUAAAAUUACAUAUUUUUCUACAAUGAGAAAUUAAACUAUCUACAUAGUUUCAAAUACUAUUACUUUCUAGUACAAAUACUAUUACGUAGUAGUCAAUACUAUUACUCAAUAGUACAGUAAUACUAUUACUUAAUAGUAUUACUUAAUAUUACAAUAAAUAAUAAAUCUAAAAUUUAUUAUUUUAUCAUUAUGAACUGACAUAAGUCAACAGGAAAAUAUAACUCAGUUUUCCCAAAAAUGUUUGUGACAGCAAAUUUUAAAUAUUGCGGAUUAACUCUUCAACGACGCAUUACAAAUUAAUUGAAAAGCAUAUAUCUGUAGCUUAUAUGAGCAGUAUUAUGUUCAGAAUGAGAAAGUAAAUGGAUGAAGUUUUUCAGCUUGAGUUUAAAUGGAAAAUUGAAAAUUAUUGCAAGUCAAAAUCUGAGAGUUUUUUACCUCCAACAAUUCAUUCAAUUAUAUCUUUAACUCUAUCAGUACUUACAUAUGUUUAUAAAUAUAAACUGACAAUAAAUAGUAGUUCGAAAAGUUAGUAAAUUAAGACGAUAUCACAAAAGCAAUAAGGACAUGAAUUUUUAAACCAAAACUCACUGGUGUAAAUAAUUUUAAAUAUGAAAUUGUGGUGCAAUCACAAUCAUUUGAAUAAUUAAAAAGAAAAACCUUUUAUUACUUUUACGCUAGUAUGAAUCAUAAAGUUGGAAGCAAGUUAUACAUCAUGAACGCUUAACCCGUCAGAAAGCUCAAGAAUUGCAGAAUCAAGAUAAAUAAAGAAAAAUAUCUCUACAUCAAUUAAUAAUUUUUAAGUAAAAAAAAUCCAGAAAUUUUAAUAUCUGCACAGGUUUAU